AUGGGCGCGGGGAGCUUCCGCGCGUGCUUCUUUCCGCACAGCGGAAUGGUGGCGGGGGACUGGGACCCCGAGGACAUGGCGGAGCGCUCGGAGCGCAUCCACCGCCUGCGGAACAGGCGGAUGAAGGGGGCAGGCGAAGGGGGAAUGGCGGAGGAAGGGACGGAAGAUGCGCAAGGGGAACUAAGUAGCGGGGAAGCUGGGGGGAGCUCCAGGAAAUUGCCGCGGAAGCGGGGAGUAAGACAAGGCAACGGUAACAAGAACGAAGCAGACAGGAAAGAGCAGGGAACAGCUAUUGGCGGUGGAGAUCCGAAUAGCGAGGAAGCUGAUAACGAGGAUGACCAAGGCAGCGAAGAGGGCAUGGCGCUAGACGAUGAAAUCCGCGAGCCGAGCUCGUUAAUGGAAGCGAUAGCGAUUAGGCGGUCCCUGCAGCGAGCACAGGGUGGAGAGGACGCAGAGAGGGGCGAGGAGGAGGACGCAGGGAGGGGUGACAGUGGCGAGAGGGAGAAGGGCGGAGCGCGUGAGGGAGGGGGAAGAGAGGGUGUGAAAGGAGAGAGUGGCAAGGGUGAGAGGGAGAGGGAUGAGCGCGGGGGAAGGGCGACUAGGAUUCAGGGCUUGGGGAUUUCAGGAGUGGAGAGAAGGGGGGAGGGCGUGACGGAAGGAGAGCGAGAGGAGGUACGGGGAAGGGAUGGAGAGAGGGAGAAGGAAGGGGGAGGGCACAGGGAGGGGAUGGGGUACGAGAGGAGGAGGAGCAGGAGUGGCAGUGGGAGUGUGCGAAGCAGUCUGUGUAGCAUAGAGGAGGACGAGGGGGUUGCAGGUGAUGGUAGCACAGCUCUUUCCACUCAUUCUCGAGACGUCUUUUCCAGCCACCCUGCUGCCAGUAGCGCAUCUGACACUAACGAGUUUCCAGUGGCGAAUGAUACGCCACUCAUGAACCUGGGAGGAAUGUCGGGUGAUAAGGAAGGACAGGAAGGCACCCGAGGGCAGGUAGGUUCGGAAGGGACGGAAGGGGCGGAAGGGCAGGUGCCACCUGGGGCAGGGCGUAUUGCUGAAGGGCGGUUCCCGGACAUGCCGCCAGCAGGGCACGUGCGGGGCCGAGGAGGGAGCGAGGGAGCUGAGCUGGGUGGCUUUUCACCUGGCAGAUCACCUGGCAGAUCACCCGGCAGAUCACCUGGCAUGUCGCCUGCGUUUUCACCUGGGCACCCGGCUUCGCCAACUCCUGCGUUUUCACCUGGGCACUCACCCUCCCGUACCCCUGCUAGAUCGCCCCUCCGGCCUCCUCGCCCGUCUCGGUCAUCAUCCCUGUCAGAAGGGAGACUGGAGGUGAAGCCAGAUGGUCGCACAGGCAGCCCUGCUGCUGCUGCUGCUGCUGCUGCUGCUGCUGCUGCUGCUGCUGCUGCUGCUGCUGCUGCUGCUGCUUCCUCACCCCCCCAGGCAUCCCCCCCAGCUUCCCAUGCCCAAUCAAAGGCGUUCCCAACCUCAGCAUCAGCAUCGGCAUCGCAAUCAGCAUCGGCAUCGCUGUCACCAUCCAUGUCCCCAUCGCGCCUGCUUGCAGCUAUGCCGUCGCACCCCUCGCCAAACAUUCCCGUGUCCAAGUCUGGAUUUGAUCUUCCCCCUGCCGCGCACUCGUGGGCACCCGCCACCACCUCACACGCCUCCCCUCCUUCCUCUCGCUUCCAGCCUGGUCCUUCCCUUACACAGAAAGAGCAGCAGCAGCAGCAUCACCAUUCCAAGUCACUUUUAGACGGGGCAAGCACUGCCCUAGAUGCCAUGGUGACUGUAAGGAGGGUCCCAGGAGGCAAAGGGGGUUGGAGGGAAGCUGCUUCUGCAGGAGGAGACGAUUUCGGGCUCGGAGCCUCAGGAGGUUCGGCAGGGUCAGGCUCGGGUCUCCGAGGCUCGGUUCUCCACUCCCGGUCGUUCCGAGGAGGUUCGGCCGGAGCUGCGAUGGCUGCAGCUGCUGCAGUGGCAGCAGCAGCUGUAGCAGGUGGGGGUGGGGCAACGGGUGCUAACAGCCCGUUGCUGCAGGCUAAGAGAAGACAGGCAGGAUCAAGUUCUAUGAGGGGGAAGAGCUUAACAGCGUUGGAUUUUGAAAGGAUGCUGGCGAGUGGGGGAGUCGAGAGGAGAGGGGGCGGUGAUGGUGGUGGUGGCGCUGCUGGUGGUGGCUUGGGUGGUGGUAUGGGAAGAGGAGUGGAUGGAGAGGGGGAGGAUUGGGAGUGGGAAGGGAGAUUGGAGCUCGAGGAGUGGGAGAGGGCGAGUGGGAUUGGAGUGAGGGGGAUUGGAAAGAGGGUCAGUGGAGUGAGGGAGGCGGGAGUGAGGGAGGAUAAGGCAGGAGGUGAAGGGCUUGGGGAGGAGGAGGUUCGAAGACCACCAGGGGACGCACUGUUGCUUCCAGCAGAGGCUGGCCAGUCAGCAUUCGAGGGGGCAAUUUUUGAGUUGACCCAAAAGGUUGGGGAGGAGGAGGUUCGAAGAUCACCAGGGGAAGCAGUGUUGCUUUCAGCGGAGGCUGGCCAAUCAGCGUAUGACAGGGUGGGUGGGGGACUUGGAUGGGAGACUCUGGGGGAAAAACGUGAUGCAGGGAGUUUGCAAGGGGGAGAGAGGAGUCUGCAAGGGGGAGGCGAGAGUUCGCAAGGGGGAGGGGGGAGUUUGCAAGAGGAAGAGGGGAGUUUGGCAGUGCACGCGUGUGGAAUCAGAGAGGAGAAUUCUUAUGGGGCGCCUCAAAAGUCGUCUGCUGCGUGUGAGGGGAGUGAGAGUGGAGGCAGAGAGGGAGGAGGCGAACUGCAAGGCGUGGUGGAGGAGGAAGAGGAUGAAAAGAGUAGGGAGAGAAGGGAGAGGAGGGAGAGGAGGGAGAGGAGGGAGAAGAAGGAGAAGGAGAGGAAAGAAAGAAGAGAGAAGGACGGAGAGAAGAGAGUGGAAAAAGAAGCAGCGACUGCAGGGAUUGGAGGGGAAGAGGGAGGAGCAGGACAGGUAGUGGGGGGAGUGAGGGAGGGAGAGGGGGGAGUGGGGGAGGGAGAGGGGAGAUUGGUGGGAGGGGAAACGGAGAGGGACGGGGACAGGAGUGCGGAAGUGCGUGUACUAAGUGGUAGAAGUGAUAGUGUGGGAAGUGGCAGUGUGAUAAGUGACAGUAUGAGGAGUGAUACUAUGAGAAGUGAGGAUAUCAAGAGAAGCGACACGAUGAGAAGUGAGACGAUGAAACGGAAUAGCAUGAGAAGUGAUAGUAUGAGAAGCAACAGUGGCAAAGCUCUAAGGAAGAGCAGGAGUACUAAGGGUGAGGAUAGGGUCAAGACAGAGAAGAAGCACAAGGUAAAGAAAGCCACCAGUGGCGAUGCUGCUGUUGCUAUUAGCCCUAGCAGCAACGCAUCAAGGUCUGUAGAGAGGACUGACAGUAACGCAGCAAGCUCUAUAACGAGGACAGAGAGCUCUGUAACGAGGACAGAGAGCAAUGCGAGUACUAGCUUCGAUACAGGAACUUGCGGUAGCAUCAGCCCCAUGGAAAGCCCUAGCAGUAGCUGGAAGGAGGGUGACACUGGUGGGCGGGAGCUUGGCAGGAGUGGGAGGGAGCGUGGUGGUAGCAGGAGGGAGGGCGGCAGUGGUAAGGGAACAGGGGAGGUUGUGAGUCCCAGCAGUGGUGAUGGGAGGAGGAUAGGGAAGAGUAGUAGUAGGGGAACGGGACAGAUUGUGAGUCCGAAUCCGAGCAGUGGGGAUGGGAGGAGGAUGGGGAAGAGUAGCAGCAGACGGAAUGGGGUUGCUGGUGGGGAUGAUGAGGAGGGAGGAGGUGAGGUUUCAUCUAGGAGAAGGAAAGAUGGGAGGAGGGAAGGGAGGAAGGAAGGGGAGAAGAGGGAUGGGGGAGGGGACGGGAAGGGGAAGGAUGCAAAGGGGAAGGAGAAGAGGGAGGAGGUGGAGAGAGUGGAAGAGGAGAAAAGAGGAGGGAAAGAAGAGGGUACGAUCGAAGAUGGCAGAAUUGGAGGGGAUAGGAUUCAAGAGGAUAGGGAUGAGGUGGAGGGGGGUGGGGAGGCAGAAUCAUCGGAAGGUGUGAUAGAGUGGACCAAGCUAGGAGUCGUGAAAGGGAGGGAGAAGAAGAGGGAGAAAGAGAGAGAGCAGGAGAGGGGAACAAGGAGAGAGAAGGAGAGAGAGAAAGGGAGAGAGAGAGCAAAAGUGGGGGAGGCAGAGAAGGAGAGUGUAGCAGAGGGAGAGGGAGGAGCGGAGGCAGCCACCCCUGAGGAGGUGGGAGGAGAGGAAGCGGGAGGAGAGGAAACGGGAAUGCCUGGCAAUUUCACAGAGGGGACUUUUCCUGCUGCUGUUAUGCCUGGUUUGGCUCGAGAUUUCACCAUGGCAGAUUUGGGCUGUGAUUCUUUCGAGGCGUCGCAACAGGGUGCUGCUGCUGCCAUGCCCGGUCUGCCUCGAGAUUUUACCUUGGUAGAUUUGGGCAAGCCUUUUGAGACGGCUCAACUGGGUGGUGGUGGUGGUGCUGCUGCUGCUAUGCCUGGGCCUUUAUGUGGCCCCACGCAAGAUUUGCCUGUUGAGCGUGGUGAGGGAAGGAAGGAGAAACGAAGGGGGGAGGAAAGAACGGAAGAGCAGAGCGAACAAGGGGCAGGGGAGGAGGAACUGAGGGGAGGGGUCAUAUUGUCAGGGAGGCCAAAGGUGGAAAGGGAGGAGGAGGAGCGGAAAGGGGAGGAGGGAAUGGGUUCACAGCUUGUGUUCAAAGGCAAGAGGAUCCGAGUGAGGGGCGAGCAGGGGCAGAGCGAUGCUCACAGUGGCGGGGAGGAGCAGCCUAUCGAUUCGCCUCAAAAGCAGAGCGAGGAGUGUGAGCAGGACGAGGAGCGGGAGCGGGGCGUGCAGGUCCAUCCGUUGAAAGGCAGCCGCGACAAUUUAGAAAAAGGCACCCUCCAAGCCCCUCAACGUGAUCCUGACCUGCCACCUCUCAAUGCGGUUCAGCAGGCCAUGGGUCGCCCCACCAGCUCUGGGUUCCAGUUCCGCCCGCUCCUCCUCUCAGCCCCCUCGGAUUCCCCAGGCCCCUCCGGCCCCUCGGGUUUCUCAGGCUUCGCAGGCUCCUCCCAGCGCUCUGCCCCCCCCACGCCCUUUGGGUUUACCGGCACCAGCAGCAGCAGCGGUGGCGGCGGCGGCGGUGCUGGUGGUGGUGGGGUAGGGGGAGACGGUCAUCGACAGUACCGGGAUAUUGGGCCUGCAGGUGCAGGUGCUGCGGGUGGUGUUCUAGCAGGGAGUGCUGCAGGGAGCAGCAAUUACUGGCACUGUGGUCGGGAGUUUGGGCCGAUAGGGGCGGCUAGGGUGAGGGCUCAAAGGUGCAGGGAGCAUUGGACGCUUCUUUUCAUGGAUCUGCUCGAUCUAAUGCUCAAACGGACGGCUGGAGAUGAGUCUGUGGACGAUGAGGGCGAUUUGAUGGUGAAUCGGACGGCUGGGGAUGGGUGUGUGGGUGGGGGGGUUGGUGGUGGGGUUGGGUGGGGGCGUGAGGAGGGGGGGCGAUGGGAGGGAGGUCAGGAUGAGUUGGUGACUGAGGAUGCUUAUAAAGGGUAUAGGAGGGGUGACGAAGGGGAGGAGGGUAGAGAGGAGGUGUAUAGGGAAGGUGGGUUCAGUCUGGCUCGGAUGCGGCCAGAUAGCUUCGGGGGUAGCAGUGGCAGGCUCGGCAGCAGCAGCGGCAGGCUUGGGUCGAUGGUUCGAGCCUCGUCGUCAGCUGCGGCACACCGGGACUUUGAGUGGAUCUGCGAGAAAUUCCGAAGCGCAACGGAGCUCUCUGAUAGGCUGAAAGAGCGCCACGUCAGCGAAGCUUUCACUGUAGCACUGGCUGUGUGGCUGAGGUUUUGGGAGCAGUGGGGGGACGGGCCUCCGGAUUGGGCAGAGGAGGAGGAUGAGGGAGAGGUUCUGCUGGAAGAGGGGGAGGAGGGAGAGGAGGGAGAGGAGGGGGAGGAGGGGGAGGGGAUGGGGGAGGAACAUAUGGAAAGGAUCCCUUCAGGUGCUUGGUUGAGUAGUGAGGGAAGGGGAGGAGGAGGGGGAGAGGGAGGGGGAGGAGGGGGAGGAGGGAGUAUAGGGAGACAGAGGUCGUUGGUUUGGGUGGAUGAGGAUAGGACUGGGAUAGGCUCGCCCGAGCCUUGGGCUCGUCGAGACAGCUUCGGGCGGCUAGCAGACCUAGCAGGGUUGGGAUUCGCACGCAUUCAAGACGAUCUGGCUGAAGCUGCUGGUUUGCUGGCAGGGGUGGGGCCGGGGUCUGGGAGAUGGGAGGAGACGGGUGGGGCGGAUGAGGUGGGGAGCGGCGUAGUGUUAAGUGGGACGGAGGAAGGGAAGGGGAAAGGGGGAAAGAGUGGUGGUGGGUUGGCUGGGCCUGUUUCCCGCCCCCAACGGUGGCUCAGCAUGGAAGCUGGUGCUGCUGCUGCUGCUGCCGGUGCCUAUGGCAGUGGUAUCGGGGGUAGAGGGGCAGGAGAGCGUGAGGGGGACGAGGAGGAGGAGGAGCAGGUGGGGGCGUAUGGGAAGUCGCUGACAACAGCAGCAGUGGAAGGGGGCAGCGGCCGCAUGGCCUAUGCAGGCGAUGGGAGGGGGCGAGGAGCGGGCAGAGGCAGAGGCAGAGGCGGGGAGGAGGGGGCGGGGAGAGGGGCAGAGGGGCGGCCUGUGCUGGCAGCACCUGCAGCAGCGGCGGUGCGUGUGUUUGUGUGGGAUCCAGAGGGCAGCAUUCAGGAGCAGCUGGUUAGCAUGGCUCUCUGCUGCGACCUGCGUGCUGCUGUCCCUGCUCUCCCUGCUGCUGCUUCCGCUGCUGCUGCUUCCGGUGCUGGUGAUGAUGGUGCUGCCGGUGCUGUUGCUGAUGGUGCUGAUGGGGGUAGCGUCGAUUUCGCCCAAGAAUCUGCUGGCGCAUCAGUAGCAGGAGCAGCAACCCAAACAGCACCGCCAGCAGCAGCAGAGCGGGGGUACACGGACCUGUUCCUUGCCUCGCGCUGCCACCACGACAACAUACUCGUUUUUGUCGGCCUCGCUGCAGCGCUGAGUGUGUGGCGCCCCGCUACAGCCGCCCUCAUUCUCCUCCGCCUGCUCGACCGCAUCGCCUUCUUCGAGCUACAGCUGGAGCGAGAGCAGGCUUUAAUGCAGCAGCAGCAGCUGAUGCUUCUUCAGUUCAACCCAGACGCAGACGAACCUCUUUCUCACAAAUCCACCGCUCUGCACCCCUCGCACCGACCCCCCAGCUCGAGCUUCGGCGGCGCCACCUCCGGCAGAGGCUCGGAGAGUUCCGAAGCUGUCUGGGAACCCAUGUCCCUAGCAGCUAUGGCAGAGGUAGCACUAGCAGAAGGGCUUGCAGCUGCCACCCACUCGAGCCUGGAGGAACGGUGUGAGGAGCAGGAUCGGCUGUACCUACAGCUCAGCCUCGGCCCGGGCCUGCUGGGGAUGACCCUGGCGGCGACGAUGAGGGAACUUGAGCAUAUACACCCGGACGACAGCAUGGCAAUUGCGAGUCUAGCCCAGGAAUUAGGGUUAGACGAGGCGGCGUUUCAUGCUGCACUGAGGGCCGUUUCCAGUGGGAGGCUCAAGGCUGCUGGGUUCGAUCGGGUGAUUGGAAUGGUGUUUACAGGUAGAGGGGUUGAGUCGGUUACAAUGCGGUUUGCUAGGCUGGCUGCUGCGGUGAAAACGGCCCAGUUCUGGGGGUCUGGGGGGCCUGGGGCGGGAGAGGGGGCCCAUCUCUCUCCCCUCUCCUCUCCUAAUACAGGAGGGAGGAGUGCUGGGGGAGCAGCGCAAGGGGGGAGGAGCGCAGGAGCAAGCAGUAGUAGAGGUGGGGGGACAGGAGCAGACGCUGCCGUCAAGGCAGAUCCAGAUAUUACCUCCCCUAGAGCAGCAGCAGCAGCAGCCAAAGCUGCCGCCUCUGAUCCUCUCUCCCCCUCUUCCACUUCCUCUCCUGCUCUCUCUGGUUCAACAGUUCCCUCAGCCUCCCCCUCCCCGUCUCUCUCCGCGGCUGCUCCUGGUUGGGCUGCUGCUGCCUUUGCAGUUGCCUCUAGUUGGGGCUCUGCGCUUGCCUCCCAGGCUAGUUCCGGAGCUGCAGCUGCAGCAGCAGGCUCGGGGAAAGGCUCGGCGACAGGGUCGGUGGGUGGGUUGUGGGCGGCUGGCAGAGCAAGCGCUCCUGGGGUUAGUGCUAGCUUAAGCGGUGCCUCAGGUGGUUCUUCAGGUGGUGCCUCAGGUGGUUCUUCAGGUGCCGGCAACAAUGCUGAUGCCGCUGGUCCCAGCGCUGGUGGUAGUGGUGUCGAACUGGUAGCAAGGGAGGGGAGGAGGCGGGGAGGUAGCGAAGGCGAGGUGGGAGCAUGGCUCAGCGAAGGGGCAGCAGCAGAGGAGGGGUGGGAGGACGGGGAGGCGUUAUCUGGUGCGGGUAGGUCCAGACCAGGGCACACCCGGGGCAAGAGUGACAUUCCUACGCUGUGGCUGGGCGGAGGGAGCGGCACCAGCAGCAGUGGCACUCUUUCUUCCCCUUCUGCCGCUGCUGCUGCUGCAGGGGGAGGAGGAGGGGCGAGGGGCUGGGCUGGAAGUUUCUUCUCCAGCACCCCCCACGGAAGCCCGAGAGGUGGUGGCGGUGCUGGUGGUGCUGGUGCUGGUGCAGCAGGGAAUUGGGGGGGAGCUGCUGGGAUGGGCCCAGGCGGGGGUCUAGGAGGGGGGAUGGGAGGCGGAGUGGGUAAGACUGGCACUGGCAUGGGCAUGGGCACAAGCCUGGGCAGUGGCAUGGGUACGGGCAGCAAGCCGUCGAGUUCGGUGUUCCUGACUCCGCGCACCUCCCAGCAGAACUCCUACGUGGCUGAGUUUGUGGAUGCGAUGUUGCGCAGCGAGGUGAUGCGGCGGCAGCACGCAUGGGCGUACGAGCUGUUGCUCAACUUCCUGCGCAUCAACAGCCGCGGGGCUCCCAUGGAGGAGCGGGAGCUGAAUCUCUGCGCUCAGAUGGAGGAGCGGGCAGUCUCUAAGAUCGAGGGAAUGGACGAUCCAGGCGUGCAGUGCAGGUGGGGUGGUGGCCCAUGUGGGUGCGCGUGGGCCGCCUGGCCGAGCGACAGUACGACCUGCCCAGCCCCACCUGCUGGUUGUGCUCACGGUGGUGGUGAUAGUGGUGGUGGUGUGGCACGGACAUGCCUUUCACUCUCUCACCUGCUCCCAUGUCUCUCCCUGUUCUCGCCCGUUGUCCUGUUCCCCUACUUGUGCGUGCCUGGUCUGCAGGUGCUACUCACCAAGUGGUUGUGCGAGGGCGAGGUGGGGGAGAUGGAGGAGAGGGCAGUUCACAAGAUCGAGGGCAUGGAUGACCCGGGGGUGCAGGUGCUACUCACCAAGUGGCUGGGCGAGGGCGAGGUGGGGGAAAUGGAGGAGAGGGCAGUUCACAAGAUUGAGGGAAUGGACGACCCGGGCGUGCAGGUGCUACUCACCAAGUGGCUGGGCGAGGGCGAGGUGCAGGAGAUGGAGGAGCGAGCGGUCUCGAAAAUCGAGGGAAUGGACGACCCGGGCGUGCAGGUGGGGUGGCCCAUGUGGGUGCGCGUGGGCCGCCUCGUGGAGCGCCAGUACGACCUGCCCCGCCUGCUCCACGCCAUGCAGAGCCUCUCAAUCUGGUUCAACUAUGACGAACUGGAGGAGGACGGUACAUGCAGCAGCGCCACCGUUUCGUCUGUCUUUGACUGGGGCCUGGCCGGCCUGCUACAGGACCUUCCGCCCGGAGACGACGCCGCCCAGUCGCUUCUCGACAUCCUCGAUCCAGAAGAUGACGAAUGGAUCGACGUCUCGCUCGCUGUUGCCGCCCGGAUGGCGCUGCCGACCGGCAACUGGUGGCCGGUGCAGGGCGGCGGAGGGGUGGCGGGGUUCGUCGCCAAGCUGCUGUCACUGAUAGAAGAGUGCGGUGAGCCCACCCCCCAGCAGCAGAGCAGGGCUGUGAAGGUGGCGCUGCGGCUGUGGAGCUGGGCCAUGCCCAAGCGGGAGCAGCUGCAGGAGCAGUGCGAGACGGAGGAGGAGCUGAUGGAGGUGUGGCAGCGGUCUGCCUCGGCCAUCUGGCGAUCCGUGGCGUGCGGAG